AUGGGGAAAGCUAAAUCCUCUCUCUCUCUCUCUCUCACUCGCUAUCUCGCCGGAGAUUCUGCUACCACCGGAAAUAUCCUCUGCUUGACUCUCGCCCUCAUCGGCCUCAUCUUUCUCGACGCCAUCGCUGGCGACGUCUUCUACGUCCUCUACCACCCUACUCACCCCACCUUCACCGUCUCUUGGAUAAACCUCGCUAUUGUAUCUCGUCGUCACCGCUCAAAACCGUAACAGAAAAAUCUCCUUCCUCUAUGAUCCUAUCUCGAUCGCCGUUUCCUCCGAUGGCGUCGCCUUCGGCGGCGGAUCUUUCCCAGCGUUCGUCCACGGGGCGAAGAACACCACGGUGAUGAUGGCCGUGGUGUCGAGCAAAAGAUAAGAGCUUGGAUUCGUCGGCGGCGGCGGAAGAGCAAGCUGCCGUUGGCGAUCGAUCUUGAAACUAGGGUCGGGGUUAAGAUCGGAGGGUGGAAGACGAAGAGGAUCGGGAUCGAGGUGAGCUGCCGUGGAUUUGGCGUCGCCGUUCCCAAGAAAAAGGCGGGAAAGUUAGCUCCGUUGAAAGCCGAUGACAGCUGUAAGGUGAAGUUAAGCAUCAAGAUCUGGAAGUGGACGGUCUAAAUUCGUAAAUUUACGUUUGAGUUAUUUUUAUUUUAUUUUUUUUCCUGUUCUUUUUUGUCGGUAUUUUUUUGACUUGUAUUUGAAUGUGAGAGUGUGCUAUACUUCUUUUUUCUUUUCUUGUUUUAAAGUUUUAAAAUAUGUUUUUUGAGGUUAAUGAAUAGGGAAAGUCCUAGACUGUUGUGGGCCUCGAA